AUGGUGGAGCAGGUCCCGGCUCUGGUCCCAACCUGCACGAGCUCUUCACCAACAGCCAUGAUCAUCACCCAUCAGAAUGUGUCCCACAGCCUGGAUCCAACAGAAACAACGAGUGGUGCUCCACGGAACUGGAAGAGCAUCGGGAUUGCGGUGUUGGUCAUCAGCGUCAUCCUGUCGCUGGUUAUCCUCUCCAUCAGCCUCCUGACUCCAGAGGAUGAAUCUCCAGAUCCCAGACCAAGGCUCACGCUGGAUGAUAUCUGGGCUCCUAAGUUUCAGAUCCACGACCCUGAGGUGAAGUGGAUUAAUGGUGAUACAGUGACAAUGCGAACGCCUGAGGGACAUGUGAUCAAACAGAGCAUGACAACGAGGGAGAUCACUUUACUCUUGGAGAACAGAAUCUUUGUUUCCCUCAAAGCUACGAAGUACAAGGUGUCUCCCAACCUGCUGUAUAUUCUACUGGCCUCCAAUGUCACAGAGGUUUACCGCUACUCCUACAUGGCCACGUACUCCAUCUGCUGCGUUCAGACCAAGUCUUGCUCUCAGCUCUGUGUACCUGGGGUGGGAAGAGCCCCACUGCAGUUCGCCGGCUGGGGGGCACGAGGGAGCCAGCUGGUUUAUAUCUUUGAGAACAAUAUUUACCACCAGCAGUCACCGACCAGUGUUGCCCAACGCCUGACCUCCUCGGGGACUGAGGGCAUUGUUUACAACGGGAUUGCUGACUGGUUGUAUGAGGAGGAGGUGCUGGGGACUUCAGCUGCCCACUGGUGCUCUCCUGAUGGCGCAUGGCUCGCCUUUGCUCAGAUCAAUGACACGCUGGUGCCCAAAAUGGAGAUACCUCACUAUCUGGGCCAACUGUAUCCCCGUGCUAAAAUCUACCCCUAUCCCAAGAUGAGACAACCCCUUCCGUCUAUCAGUCUCUUUGUGGUGAAGCUGUAUGGACCAGCACACACCCUGCAGGUUCUCCCUCCCGAGGGCCUCCGGUUCAGUCAGUACUAUCUCACCAUGGUCUCCUGGGUGUCCAACACCAGUCUGGCAGUACGAUGGUUAAACCGAGCCCAGAACGUUUCCCUCCUCACUGGGUGUGAGGUGACCACAGGGGCUUGUGUGGAGAAGCACAAGACAUCAUCAGAUGGCUGGCUGAGUAAACAGGGUGAACAGCUGCUCUUCAGUCCAGACGGCAGCACCUUCUUCCUCACUGUGCCCACCCAACAAGGGGGUGCCGGGCGGUUCUGGCACUUGGCCAGGUUCACAGACAGGGCUCAGCGUGCUGGUGAGGAAUCUCGUUUCAUCACCUCUGGGAGUUUUGAUGUGACUUCGCUCUUUGCCUACGAUGAGAGAUCACAGAAAAUUUAUUUCGAAAGCACUGAGGAGGCUCCAACGACCAGGCACCUGUACAGUGCCAAUCUGAGUGGCUCCCUCCACAGACAGUGUCUCACCUGUGGCCUCCUCCCACACUGUACCUGGCCUCGUGUCCAGCUCAGUUCAGCUCUCAGCCACUUCCUGCUGAGCUGUUAUGGCUCUGGGGUUCCAACACAUUCUGUCCAUCGAAUUGCAGACCCCAGGGAUUUUUUCCUGCUGUCCGAUAACCAGGACCUGAGAGAGGCUGUGAAGAGCAGACAAAUGCCCCUCACCAAGCUCCACACCCAGGCCACCCUGGCAGGCGGGACCAGGAUCCGAGCGGACGGUGUCUCCAGGAGCGGAUCCAGCUGGACUGGGGGUCGGUGA